GUCGUCGCCGAGGACGGCUCCAUCCCCGGCUUCGACCCGGGCCACUACUCGCUCGACGACUACCGCAUCGGCCGCAACAUCCUCUACUGGCACCAGCGCACCGGAGGCGGCGGCGGCGCCGCCGAGACCAAGUACCGCGCCGCCGCCGACGCCAUCCGCGGCAUGCUCGACCGCCACCCGCGCACCCCCUCCGGCGGCUUCUGGCACCGCGACCCCGCCUACAGGAACCAGAUGUGGCUCGACGGCAUCUACAUGGCCGACACCUUCUACGCCCACUACACCUCGCUCUUCGACGCCGCCAACGCCACCGCCUGGGACGACAUCGUCCUGCAGUGGGACCUCAUCGAGGACGCCGUGCGCGACCCCGAGACCGGCCUGCUCUUCCACGGCUUCGACGAGGGCCGCGAAGCCGUCUGGGCCGACGCCGAGACGGGCGCCUCCCCGCUCGUCUGGAGCCGCGCAGUCGGCUGGUACUUCAUGUCCCUGGUCGAGGUCCUCGGCCUCUUCCCCCGCGACCACCCGGGCUACGCGCGCCUCCUCGGCUACUACACCGCCCUCGCCGCCGCCCUCCGGCGCGCCCAGGACCCCGAGUCCCACGGCUGGUGGCUCGUCAUGAACGAGCCCUACCCCGGCCGCGAGGGCAACUACUUUGAGAGCUCCGCCGCCGCCAUGUUCACCUGGGGCUGGCUCGCCGGCCUGCGCCUCGGCUACCUCGACGAGGCCACCUACCUCGAGCCCGCCACCAAGGCCUACACCCACCUCGUCACCGACUUCAUCACAGAGAACGACAACGGCACCGUCACCUUCACCGACACCGUCCAGGUCGGGUCACUGAACAGCGACGCUUCGUUCGAGUACUACGUCGGCAUCCCUGUCGUUGAUGAUGACACGCGUGGCGUCGGCCCUUUCCUGCUUGCCGCCUACGAGUGGGAGCUCCGCAACAACAUCUCUGCAUGAGCAUAUUUUCGUCGCACUAGGGGGGGACAGGGAAAAAAAAAACAAAAAAGGGAAUGGCUUGGCAUGUAGUCGUCUAUUUUGAGUAGUUGGGGGGGACAAGAAAUGCCAUGGUGAUGAUGCAAGGCGCUCGAGAGCGUACCGGACCGGCCCCGUCUCACUUUUUUCUUCUUCACUUGAUGUACAAAAGUUCCCGUACCAGGCGAUGCAGGCACCAAAAAAGGCGGCGACGAGCGGCGAGCAAAGGUAGAAAAAGAAGC